CGCCGUCUAGCAACUUAGCAACGUAUUCACAAAACGAAUAAAGUAUACACGAAGGAGCGCAACUAAAGUACUCCACUACUCCAUAUAACAAUGGAAAGGGGAACACUCAUUGUUAUGCAUCAUCCUUUUUGGCACACUCUCAAACAACCUACUCGAAACCUUCGAUCUCUAACUCCUACUUUCCCGCCCUUCAUCACCAAAGCUUCCAUUUCCAACUAUAUUCAGUCGGAAGGAUACAAAGGCCCUAAACCGAAGAGGAAUUUCGUCGCUGAUUGGGUCUCUAACAAUGACGAUGUUGCUCGAAGCUUGCCUAUUUAUAUUGGCGGUUUUUCUCUAAUCGCUGUUCUCUUUAAUCGUGCUGUUUCCGGUAUUGCUCCUGUUGCAGAUGCUAGCAGUUCGCAAUCGAGGGCUGAUCUUUUGGCUCUUGGAUUGGCUGUUACAAAUAUCUUAAGUGGUCUUGUAUGGCUGUCGAUUCGACCCAAGUCUAUCUCUAAGGUGGAUCCUAAAGGUGUGGAAUGUUGCCGGAUUUCUCAUAACCUCCCUGAUUUUGUUGUUACAGAGUUGAAAUGGUUCUGGCAAUCUCUCUCAGCUGUCACGUGCUGCAGAUCCAUGGUCAUUGUAUAUGAAGACAGUUGUAUCUGCCAAAUGGGUGUGGCCGCUGAAUCUUCUAUAGGUGGUGAAGCGGAGACUGUGGAUGCAACCAAAUUGAUUCAGGGCACACUUUAUAAGGGGAUUAUGAAAUCCAAUGCACAGAGCUAUCUGGCAAACUUGUCUCUGUACCCAGGAAAGUCUGAGCUGCCAUUUUUGCCACUCAAUACACAGGCCGUCAUCCUGCAACCGAUCGGUGACAAGGGAAUUGCAGUUAUAGGUGGUGAUACCAUAAGGGGGUUUUCCACGGCUGACCAGGCAUGGAUAUCAUUGAUUGGUGACAAAUUGGAUGCUACGUUGACGAAGUCAGUGAUGAAAAACGAACUAACGACACAAGAUGCAGGUCUAUAAUGUGAUUCUUUGGGUUUACUUUAUUUGUACAGACGCGAGUCGGUGAAGUUUGUAUGAAAGGUGAUUCUGAUUUGAUUUUCCCGAAUUCAUGGUGAAGUAGCAUGUCAUAAUCUAUGUUCAAAUUACUUUGUCUGGUAGAAUUAUAUUUUUAACAUGAAUUCAUCAGAGAGAUCAAUAUCAACUAUCAAAUUCAGUUCCAUCCUUUACAAAGGGACAUUUUUAUUACUGGAA